UGAGGCGUAAUCUCCCAAUAACAACAACAAACAAACCUGUCCCUUCCUCACUUUCACCUACAAUACCAAACAGAAAUAUCAAUCAACAACAAAAUCAAAAUAAUUUAAAUAGAAAAAAGCAACAUCAACAAAAUUUUCAACACCAAACAAACAAACUUAAUGAUCAAGGAACAACUUUGAUUGAAGAUGCAAGUCAAUGUUGUUACAGCGGAAAUGUUAAUUCAACAUUGGCACAACCAGCAUUAGUUUCAGAGAAAACACAAAUAUUUUCAUCAGUAUUACCUUCCUCCGGUUUCAACCUUUUUGAAGAGGAAGACAUUAGGAGAGAAAAUGCAUUCAAAGGGGUUAUGAUUGUUUGUUUGUGCAUUUCGGUUUGUGCAUGGGCCAGUUUAUUUUCUGUUUGUCCAGUCCUUUACCAGUUCCUUAAUUUUACAACCUCACAAUUUGAUGGUAGGGUAUUUGUGUAGAAAAUUUAAACUAAAAAGGAAUGUUGAAAUUUUGUGAGGAAAAUGCCCAGACAAUGGCAGAUGAUUCAACUGCUCUUGUUGAUGUUUUUGUUGAGCGAUACAAUAGUGGCAAUUUUAGAAAAAAUCAAAAUUUACAACAUUUUGUUAUGGCUAGGACAGUGGAUUUUGUAAUGAAUAGAACAAAAAAUAGGAACUUCAGGCAUAUUGUUAGUACACAGGGUGAUUAUCGUCAAUUAAGAAGUGAAGGGGUAGAACCAUCGCGGACUUGUCGAUGUGGAGAAGGCGAAGUUGGUGUACAGGGAACGCCCGGUCGUAAAGGAAUGCGUGGCACCCCUGGAGCAAAAGGAGCACCAGGCAUUCCUGCCAGAUUACCUUGUGAACCAUUGCAGGACCUAAAAAAAUAUUGUCCAGAGAAAUGCCCGCAAGGAUUGCAAGGGCCGCCAGGGCAAAUGGGGGCAAUGGGUGAUAAUGGAAAUAAAGGACCACCGGGAUUGCAAGGAAAGAAUGGGGAUGAUGGUAAAACAGGUGCGCGAGGAAUGAAUGGACCUCCAGGAGUGCCUGGACUUGAUGGCGAGGACGGUGAUCCCGGGCAGGAUGCACAACCUACUCCUUUUAUUCCUGGCCCUUCCGGUCCUACAGGCGAGGUUGGUAUGAUCGGUCCGUCUGGUCCAAGAGGAUUGCCUGGAAUUGACGGCCCACAAGGACCACAAGGAAGAAAAGGCGCACAAGGAGAAGCUGGAAGAGUUGGGACACCUGGAACGACUGGUCCUCCCGGUCCAAUCGGCGAAUCUGGAGAUGAUGGACACAAAGGUGUAUGCCCAACAUAUUGUGCCAUGGAUGGUGGAGUAUUUUUUGUUGAACCGCCCGAAUGGUUUUUUAAAAAUAAACGAAAUCGGUGAU